AGAUGUCAGCCUCCAUCAGUUACCACAAUUUUUGCACCGUCGACACUUUUAAGCUAUUUAAUUCCAUGGCAGCAUGUUCGAUGUAAAGAGUAAUUGCUAGCCAUGUCAUCGAACGUUGGAAAGAGGGAUGGGACUGCAAAUGAAAGGAGGGAAAUGCUUCUGAGAAGACUGCAGAAGCAGAAAGAGGCCCAGCAGAAGGCUCUGAACAUACUCCAGCAGACAUUAGAUGGUGCAGUGACCCAAGACUUUGUCUUUGAAAAUGCUCAUUACAUAGACCCACCUGUCUACCAAGAUAUUGUUGAAGAGAGACACUUGGCCAAGUUGUGUGGUUAUCUACUCUGUGGCCAAGAACUAGGACAGAUCCCUAAGCAAAAAUACCACAUAUCUGCUAAGAAUAACAGGGUAUAUGACAUAAGUGAAAGGAAGAAAUUCUGCAGCAACCGAUGUUAUAAGGCCUCAAGUUAUCUCCAGCAGCAGCUUCUCACCUCCCCACUGUACCUGAGAGACCAGGAGACACCUGUCACCAUUCAGCUACUGCCUGAUAACUGUCACAUAGGCAAUGCAGCAGAAACCAUUAUAACAAAAGAACAGUCUCAAAUAGCGUUAGAAUUGAGAAAUACUGAGUUAGAAGACCAGCGAAAAAGAGGAAUGACAGUUAAAACCAGGAGGACGACAAAAAAUGUGGAAAUAGCCACAGAGGAUGGCAAAGAGGAAACACAAAACCAGUUCACUUCUGUUGCAGAUAUGUCGCCCUCAACAGAAGAGCAGAUUUCCAGCCAUGUCAUGUCAAGAGAGAUUAAAGAAAAGGAACAUGUUUUGUUACAGACAAGUCCAAAGCAUGUGCACACAGAAAAAGUCAUGGUAUCAUCCAGGAGUACUGAUAUUGCUGAUACAAAUUCUGGUAUAGAACAGGCAUUAGGUUCAUCAGAAGAUAAGCUGGAUGAACUCCUGGUGCAAGACACAGCAAAAAUGAAUAUAUCAGUUGGGCAUGAGGACAAAAGUACAGAUAAAGUCACAAAGUAUGGAGUAGAAAGAAAUGAGCAUCAUGAUGCCCAAAAUGCAGGUGGCCAGAGUAGGAAAAAUGUAUUUGGACUAAUCCACACCUCACCAAAACAUUCAAAUACAGACUUGGAUUCAGAUGAUGAUGAAGAUGGUGAUGAUGGUGGUAUUGAAAUGAGUGGUAGCCAUGGUAACCAUGAUGAUGCACAGCAGGACAAAGUAACUUAUUUAAUGGAACUUUUAGCCAAAAGGGAGAAAAUGCUGCAAAAGUCUAGUUCAUUAAAAAAUCAGGAUAAUUCUUCCUCUACACAAAGUUCUGGACCAGAAAAUGGUGCUUUUAACAAAGAUCCAAAGACAAAUGAAAAAGAUUGUGAUACUUUGAAAACUGUUGAUGCCUGUUCUAAAGAAACUGAUCUCAAAGUCCAUGUAAGUAAAGGGCAUCCUCAAAUUUCCAGCAGAAAGUCAGAAUUGCAGACAGUUAGAAAAGAGUCUUGUAUAGAUUUGUUAAGUCAGAUUGAAAAGGCAAUCUUAGAAUGGACUACUGAAUCCACUAUAGAGUACCUUACAGGUGACAAAGCAUCAAAGCAAAAGAUAAUAAAGAAACAAGAAUUUGAUGAAAAAUAUGCUGAAAUGGGUCGAAGGGUUCACCUGAAACAGCUGGACUUGGAUAGUGCUGGACUCUAUGAGGCUGGUAACAUGGAAGGGGAGAGGCAAGGAGGAGGAAAGCUUCCAGACAUGAAAACUCUUCAGAAGGAUGGGCAGGAGUUUGGACUAAAGGUGACAGAAUUCUAUAAAGGCAGCACUGCUUAUUCUGUGGAAGUCCAGGAUGAAAGUGGUGCUGUCGAAAAGAAAGGCAGUGGAGAUGAGAAGUCAGAGGAGGAGCCUAUUCUUCCCAUGGUGGACCAUUACUCACAGCAACAGAUAAGAAAGAAAAUUGUUUUGGAAAGGUUGAGUAAAAUUCUCCCAGAUCUUUUGGUACCCCUGAACCUGCCUCUACAAGAAGUUUCAGCAGAACUACGACUACUGGUUGGGACUUUCAGCUUGGGUAGCCAUAAUAUCCUGUUUAGAAGUGUGGAAUGGAAUAUUGUAGCCAUAGUCCUGCUUAAAAUGCUGGGAAUGCACAAGCAAAGUGUUGGCAUUGCCCUGGAGCAGCCAAGCGCUGCAUGGUUUCUGAAACAAGUCCUGGCACCAUUUGGUGAGGAAAGUGAGAAAAGAAUUCAGAAAAUACUAAAAAGAGUCACUCAUGUUUCAUCUUAGAGUGAUCUGUUUUUGGGGACCAGAAAUUGGAGUCUUGAACCAUUAGAUGACGAGAUUAAAAUACGACUUUUUUAGGCCCCUAUGACCCGAGGAGAUGGCCCAAGGACCUAUGCCACAGAGUUACUCGGCACUGAAACUUUUCUAAACUUUUAGAUAACUAUUUUCAUACUGUUUACCUACAAAAUAAAACAAUAGUAGUGCACUAAAAUGAAAUUUGUCUCCUGUUUUAUGACAGUUAACAUAUGGUACGUACUUCAGACCAGUACUGCGCCUGAAUCUUCAGCUGAAGUAGACCAAUUUUUUGUCCAAAAGUUUAGACUAAUUUUCGGGCUAUUUUAUUUUAUUUUAUUUUUGUGAAAUCAUCCGCUGGUCCUCUUGGAAUGCACGCUCAGCGUCUGGAACACGUACACACCCUUGAAGGGCGAUUUCACCAGUGAGUUCAUGUGAUACAUUCCAUUAAAGAAGUGACGGUGAAUACUGAGCUAAUGAGUGUUUAAGGGUGUCCGAGUACAUUUGCAUGGUUAAAAGCUGCUUAAAUAGGUGCUGAUGCGAAAGAAAAAACAUUAAUGAAUUUUCCUGUAAAAAUCUCACCCUUUUUUCUGGAAAUGAUAAGCUCGUUGAAUGGAGCUCAUUAUUUUUUGUUACAUAACUGACUAAAGGUUUUUUAAGCUUUAAAUUUUUUUACAGCUUAGUUGAAGUAAAGAGUGAACUACCUGAAAUUGAAUGGGUACGUUAAUCAUGUUAUUUGUGUACAGGUAGUAAAGCACGCGCAAACAGGGAAUUCAAUCAAAAAUUAAUUCUAACAGGAAGAGGAAAGUACUUUGAUGAAUGAUCAUUCACCAGACUUGAUGAUGAACCAAUGAUGAACUUAUUUUGGGAGAUAUGAUGUGUGUAUAUCGGUUAGCUUAUAGAAGUUGAUUUUCACAGACAUGGUGAGUAACCAUGCAGUGGUCAUAUAUGAAAACGUUAAUUGUAGUGAGUACUCCAAAAGAAAAGAUGUAAAUGCUUAAAAAUAAUUUUUAAUUUCUUUUAAUAUAAGGAGACGAAUUCAUUUGAUUGUAACUUCUCUUUUUGAAAAAUUGUCGCUUGAGAUUUUUAUCAAACUUUGUGAACUUUAUGUAUUUUGCUCCCCAAAACACCAAUAAACAAAAUUCAACGAUGAAAACAAUACCAAUGUUAAGCACUUAAU